GAAGGAAAUGAGACAACCUUUUCCUCCCACGGACUCGGGCUCCUGCAGCGUUUGCGGGGCUCAGCACAGUUGUCCGUGAGCCCYGAGGCCGGGACUCCGUGUGCCCAGCUCAGGCCCGACCCGUGCGGGUGGCCGGGAUUUCUCUCYGAGACGCCGGUGCCAACCCAAACCCGAGCGGCGCUUUGUCGCGCGUCCUUUCCUCGGUGAUCGGCUCCGGGUGCCCCGGCUCGGCCCYCGAGCGCCGGGAGUGCAGCCCCCGGAAGUGCGCGCCUGCGGUCCUGGCGAAGAGUCUGAGAAGUCAACUGGUACCAUCCACAUUUAGAUCCUUUACUGGCUGAAACCAACAUCAACAGGGAUGAUCUGCUCCUACCAGAAGAGAAGAGAAGGAGUGUGGCCCCGUUGAUUCAGCUGCAGCGUCUCCGGGAAGUCUCUGCUGGAUGCAGCAUGAAGCUCCCCUUCAGCCACAGCACCGAGCCAGUGAUUGCGGAGCACGUGGAGAUGGCUCUGCUCAGCAACAUCCUGGCAGCCUACUCCUUUGUCUCAGAAAACCCUGAGCGAGCAGCUCUGUACUUUGUCUCUGGCGUGUGCAUCGGGCUGGUCCUGACCCUGGCUGCCUUGGUGAUGAGGAUCUCUUGUCAUACAGACUGCCAGCGGCGCCCCAAGAGGAAGUUCCUGCAAGACCGAGAGAGCAGCAGUGACAGCAGCGACAGCGAGGAUGGCAGCUCGGACACYGCCUCUGACCUCUCGGUGCGGAGACACCGCCGCUUUGAGAGGACUUUGAACAAGAACGUGUUCACCUCUGCGGAGGAGCUGGAGCGCGCSCAGAGGCUGGAGGAGCGCGAGCGCAUCAUCAGGGAGAUUUGGAUGAACGGCCAGCCCGAGGUGCCCGGCACCCGAAGCCUGAACCGCUACUACUAGGGGGAGCAGCCGGGACCCCCAAAACCUCUUGAAGCCACCUGGAAGGAAGGGGGUCUACAGGAAUGGUGGUGGGCACAGGGAACUGAACCCAGCUCUGCUAACCAUGGGCAGCAGAGAAAAGCCCAGAUGUGCCCAUUUUUCUAGCCAGGAGGACUGGUUUCUCCGUUUGACUCUUUAUCUAUGGAGAACCAGAAGAAUCAAGUUGGCUCAUCCAUUUCCAGGUCUUGGAAUGGUGCUGAAACACCCUCUCCAACAAUGUGGAUGGAGAUUUGAGAAACAGGACUAUGGUUUCUCUUGAUUUCUGAGGAUCUCAGAAGUUUCUACMGACUUGAUUGCUAUGUUAUUCCUUUACAAAAGGAAAGAUUCUCAUAGCAAGAGAGCUGGAGAUAUCAGGGUGCAUAUAACCCCCCAAAAUGCAGUUUUCUAAGUGACUCCAUGCUGUGGAGGUGAUUUUGAUUCAGAGAGCAUGAUCCAUGCUUAUUAUUUAAGGCUAAAUUUUUAAAAUCUUGAGUUGCAAUGGCAACCUCURUCCAUUUUAACUGACACCUCAGGGAUUAAAAUCCUAUUUUUUUAGUAUAGUUCCCACCUCAUUCAUGAAAAUGAAUAGAAUUAUUGUAUUAUGGGGGUGUGUGUCAGUGAACUAGCAAAUGCCAACCUCAAAGGAUGAAGGGUUUUUAUUUUAAAUAGUUUAUAAAAAUAUAUAUUGACAUGCAUAUUUGAAAAUGCUGCAUAAGGAUUAAAGUUGUGUGACCUCCUCCCCCUUUGGAAAGAAGAUUUAUUGUGACUCCAGAUAAUCAUGAUUUUAACCAUGUUGUUUUAAAAAACRUUUGGAUUCCUAUGAAAAGAAUGGAGAUAGGAGCUGAGGAUGGAAGCCAAAGUUAG